CAACUAACACAUCAAUUUGAUAAAAUAGAACCAAUGAAAAUUAAAGUGCGAAUGACAGAAUCACCGCCGAUGUUGACAAGCAGCUGUGUUGUGUAGCGCUGAUAUUAAAAAUAGCGCCGUUGAAUUCAAAAAAAUCGUGGUGAAGUUGUUUUACGCACACUUAAUAUUUACAUAUUCGUAAGUACAAUAUUUGUGUUAAUUAUAAAGAUUGUGCAGCUUAGUUUAAAAUUGGUUUGGAAAAUGUAUUUAAUUCAUAUCAAACAACUUUCGCAUAUAAAAGCAGUUCCCAACACUGCUAGACGCCAUAUUGACAGCGAAAAUGCAAACGGAGAGAACAUGAAUGAGCACACAAAUGCCACAGAAAAGAGAAAAUGCAAAAUUAAAUUAGUGCGCUCAGACAUUCCUUUUGGUUUAUUUAAAUUUUUUCAUUGUAAUUCAUAUUAUUUAAAUAUAAAUUAUGUUUAUUCGUGUUAAGAAAUGAAGUUACUUCGUGUUGAAUAUAAGGUGCAAGUGUAAAGUGUUUAAAAAAGUGUAAAAAUUUAUGUAUGAAAGUAAACGCAAGCCAUAAAAUAUUUCGAAGGGAGGAAGCCAAGCACCAACGGCCAGUUACAACGGGUGUGGAGCUUAGCUGAGCAACAACAAAGAGAAUUACUGCUUUUUUAGUUAUAAGCGGGCUGUGUGCACAUUGGGCGGAGGUAAAUAAUAAAGUCAACAAACUGCGACGGGAAAUUCACAACGUUCGUUAGGAAUUUCACAAAUUUUCACCUUUUAUUGUAGCACGUAGCGGCAGUUAAUACAGCGCAAGUACACAUAUUGCGACAAAAUGUUCUCAAAGAAAAAGAAGAAACCACUGAUUUCUAUGCCAAGCAAUUUUGAGCAUCGCGUGCACACGGGAUUUGACAAACGUGAGGGACGUUAUGUUGGUUUACCGCUACAAUGGGCUUCCAUUGUUGGCAACAAUCAAAUACUAAAGUCAACAAAUAGGCCACUACCUUUAGUGGAUCCCUCUGAAAUAACACCAACGGAAAUUCUUGAUCUUAAGACAAUUGUGCGACCACAUCAUAAUAACAACAAAGCGGAUACGACCUCAUUAAAUAGCAGCAUUGCACCGAAUGCUAGUGGAACGUUAGGAAAUCACCAAACGGCGCAUGCGCAUUACUUCACCGAGCAUAACAAUGCGGCAAAUGCUGCAGGUUCGGCAACAGGUGGCAUUAGCCACAACACAGGUGGUAUUGUGCUGCCGAAAACGUCACAUGUAGCCCGCUCUAAUUCUUUGCGCAGCUCCAGUCCGCCGCGUGUACGACGGGAUUUGCGUGGCAACGCUAAUGUACCGCCGGCAGUGCCCGAAGAAAGUGUAACAACUACAACACCCACGCCCGUGCCUGGCCAAAUAAUAGCUUAUGGUGGCUACAAACCGCCAAUUAAUGGACCUGCGGCAAAUGUAUCAACAGGUGGCACUGCAGGCUAUGGUAUGUACUCACAACAUAACACGCAGAAUGGGGGUGGUCAUGGACCACUCGCGGUACGCACCGAUUUUAUAUCGAGUCAACAACAACAACAUCCUACACAGCCACAAGCAUCGCUCCCCAACACGACGACGAUGUCUUCCUUACAUUACCGCACGGCGCCACCGCCUCACCACCUUGCAGGAGGUGGGCAGCCACAACAGACUUCUCCAGUAGGUUCAGUAGCUAGCGGGACACGUUCGACGCACUCACACGCUUCAUCGGCGCACACACAUCCACAUAACAACAACAAUGGUGGUAGUGGCUUUGCGCCAUAUCAACCUGGCGCCAUACAAUCCGCACAACAUGCUGCGAAACAUUUAGGCGCCGGUGGAGACCAAAAUCAAAAUCCACACCAUACACAUCCGCACUUGCACACGAAGACAGCGUCGCGCGCAUCCAGUUCAAGUGGUGGUGCCAGCGGCGUGGGUAGUGCUGUCGGCGGGGCCAGUGGCCUAGGCGUAGCGCCGCCACCUAAACAGGAACAGAGGCUGACACAUGAACAGUUCCGUGCCGCUUUGCAAAUGGUAGUUUCAGCUGGCGAUCCUCGUGAAAACCUAGACAACUUCAUGAAAAUAGGUGAAGGCUCUACAGGCACAGUGUGCAUAGCUACUGACAAGUCAACAGGUCGUCAAGUGGCUGUUAAAAAAAUGGAUCUGCGUAAACAACAACGACGGGAACUGCUGUUCAACGAAGUGGUCAUUAUGCGCGACUACCACCACCCGAACAUUGUGGAGACCUACUCCAGUUUCUUGGUAAACGAUGAGCUCUGGGUCGUCAUGGAGUAUUUAGAGGGCGGGGCGCUCACCGACAUUGUCACACAUUCACGCAUGGACGAAGAGCAAAUCGCUACAGUGUGCAAGCAAUGUCUGAAAGCAUUGGCCUAUUUGCAUUCGCAGGGCGUUAUUCAUCGCGACAUCAAAUCCGAUUCCAUUCUACUAGCUGCCGACGGUCGAGUCAAACUCUCCGAUUUCGGCUUUUGUGCGCAAGUCUCGCAGGAGCUACCGAAACGCAAAUCCCUGGUUGGCACACCGUAUUGGAUGUCACCCGAGGUAAUAUCGCGUUUGCCAUACGGUCCCGAAGUCGAUAUCUGGUCACUCGGCAUUAUGGUCAUCGAGAUGGUGGACGGCGAACCGCCCUUCUUCAACGAACCGCCGCUGCAAGCGAUGCGACGCAUACGUGAUAUGCAGCCGCCGAAUUUGAAGAAUGCUCACAAAGUUUCACCACGUCUCCAGUCGUUCUUGGAUCGUAUGCUGGUACGUGAUCCGGCGCAGCGUGCCACUGCCGCGGAAUUGUUGGCGCACCCAUUUUUACGACAAGCGGGGCCACCAUCACUCUUGGUGCCCUUAAUGCGCAACACGCGGCAGCAUUGAAGGGAAAGCGGUUGGGCGUCUACAAAUGCAAAUCGAAUAUAUAUGCAAGUAACACUUAAUUUAGUUAGCGCUACAUCAUUAUCAUUAACUACACAAAGCAAAAACAAACUCAUACACACACACACAUGCAUAGCCAUACAUACUUACAUUGCUUCAUGUACACGCGCUAACGUUUCGGCAACUACUUAAUACGCGAACGAAUUUAAGUAUUACUCAAGCAGCAUUUGAAAAUUAUUUAACUACUUCAUUGUAUGUACCGUUAGAGGCGAAUAUUUAACUUCUAACCUUUGUUUAUGCUUUUAAGUUUUGUUUUAAAAUGGUUUAGUUUGUAAAUUUAAAUGUUUUUUUUUUGUUAAACAUUAUUGGCUUAACUUCCUUUCCGACACACAUAGACACAUACACACACACACACAAACGUUUUCUUACAUUUAUGCAUGCGCAUUCGUAUUGUUGUUGUGUCUUUAAUACAGUCAAUUGUUUGUUAAUAGAUCCUAAAACAAAAACAAAACAAAAAAAAAUAUCGCUAAUCCAUCAAAGAUACAGUUUUAUUGUAUCCACUAAUUACAUAAGUCCUUAAACCGUACACAAAUGGCAGUUAAAACACUUACACGAAUCGAAUAUUAUUACUUACGUAUUGCUUUCAUAUAAAAAAUUAUGUAAUUUAAAAAAUAUAUACAUAUUGGCAUUAAAAAUUGCAACGAAAGUUAACAAAAUGGGAUUAAAACGAAAAAAUUAAAAAAAAAAAAUAACUUCCAAAACUACAAAAAAGUUUUAUUAAACAACAAAAAUUCUGAAAGCUUUACUGCGAUGAAUAACAAGCAAACGUGAAAUUUAAAUAACUCAAAAAGAAAAAGAUGACACACUUUCGAAAAUAACGCGAUAAAGAGAAAAGAGUAUAAUGGAGCAAAAUUCAAAAAAAAAAAAAAACAACAUAUUAACAAUCAGGGGUGUUGUAGAAUCUGAUAGUUGUCGGUAUCAGAAAUGAAACCGAUAUAAAACCAAGUAGUAAGUGUCAUGAAUUCAGAAAUUGUAUCAGUUUUGGGUGUCACGGUGACUCUCAUUAAAGGU